CAAACCCUCCGUGCGAAGCUGCUCUUUUUUAUACCAAAUCCGGUGCGUCAUUUCAAGCACACAAUCAAACAGCAAAAAACAAUCAUAUUAUCAUACAUAUAUAUUUUCUCUUACUAGUGUGUGUGUGUGUUUGUGUUGAAAAAGAGUUUGUAACAAUGGCGUCGGAUCAGGCGAGGAGAGAGCAUAUGAAGGAUGAACGAAAAGUUGAGGUGGAGAGAGAUCGUGUUCCGAAAAUGGCAACUCAUUUCGAAUCCCUGGUUGAUAAGGCUAAAGACGAGCAUCAGCCUCAUCACGGUGGGGAGACCACGAUUCAUAUCGAGGCGGUUCCGGUGAGAGUGGCUGGGAUCACGGUGGAGAGUGGCGGAGCGAAAAGAGAAGCAGGGAAGCAGCAGCCGUCGUUGGAGGAAGUUUCUAGAAUGAGGGGGCAAGCGCAGCAGAACUCGAUGGAGGCGAUCCGGUCGGCCGAGGAGCGCUAUGAGAAGGCGAAGAUAGGCGGCGGCGCAGCUCAACAUACUGCGGCGGAGAGAGGUCAGCAGGGGAGAAGUCAGAUGGCGGAGAAAGGGCGACAAGCGGCUGACAGGGCGACGGAGGUGAAGGACACGGCGGUGCAGAAAGGCCAACAGGCUCAAGGCUACAUUGCGGAGAAGGCCACUCAAGCGAAGGAUACGGCCGCGCAGAGAGGUGGAGAGGCUCGUGAUUACACCGCGGAGAAGGCGGCUGGGGCGAAGAAUACGGUGCUGGAGAAAGGCCAACAGGCUAAGGAUUACGCGGCGCAGAAGGCGGUGGAGGCUAAGGAUGUGGUUUCUAGUAAAGGCCAAUCCGCUUCUCAAAUCGCCGCUGAGAAGGCUAAGGCAGCCAAGGACACGACGGUGGAUACCACAUUGACCGCGGCCAAAUACGCCGGCCAGAAAGCAGCGGCGGUGAAGGAUACGACGGUUGACACAGCGAAGAGCGCUGCACAAUACGCUGCUGAGAAGGCCGCGGCGGCCAAGGACACGACGGUUGAUACAGCAAGGACUGCUACACAAUACACCGGUGAGAAGGCCGCAGCAGCGAAGGAUACAGCAAAGACUGCUGCACAAUACGCCGCUGAGAAGGCGGCGGCAGCCAAGGAUACAACGGUCGACACAGCGAAGAGCACUGCACAGUACGCUGCUGAAAGAGCAGCGGCAGCCAAGGAUACGACGAUGGAUACAACCAAGAGCGCUGCACAAUACGCUGCUGAAAAAGCAGCAGCAGCCAAGGAUACAACAGUUGAUACAACCAAGAGUGCUGCAGAGUACAUUGGAGAAAAAGCGGUUGCUGCGAAGGAUGUAACGGUUGAAAGCGGCAAAGGAGCAGCGGGGUAUGCGGGGAAGGCAGCUGCAGGGGUGAAGGAUCAGGCGGUGGUGGCGGGCUGGGAGGCGGCGCGUUUCACCCUUGAGAAGACGGCAGUGGCGACUGAGACUGUGGCCAAUGUGACUUCGAAGGUGGCGGGGUACACGGGAGAUGUGGUGGUGUCGGCGAAGGAUAAGGUUGCUGGAGCAGGGCAGGCGGUAGUAGGGUAUGCAGGGGAGAAGCUUGCAGCUGUGAAGGAUACGGUGGUGGCAACUGAGGAGAGCGCGGCGGAGUAUGCUGCAAGGAAGGAGGAGGAGGCUAAGAGGGAUAUUGAAUUGAAGAGAUCGUCACCGCAAACGGAAGAAGGGGGAGAAACAUUCAGCAGCGAGGGAUUCUACCGCCCAUCCGAAAAGAUCAAGGAGCAGUGGGGAGGAGAAGAAGGCAAACAAAGGGGAGGAGGGCGGGGCGAACAAUGGGGAGGGGAGAAGGGCGAGCAGCCAGCUGGGGAGUAUGGGCAGGGCGAGCGCUGGGAGUCGUGGGGAGGAGGAAGAGAGGGCGGAGACUGGCAGCAGGAAAGGGGAGGCGAGCAGGAAGAGCGUGACACCUUCGGAGGAGAAGGCGGACAAAAGCAAGGAGCAAGCGGAGGGGGCAUCAUGCGGGCGAUUGGCGAGACUCUAGUCGAGAUAGGGCAGACGACGAAGGAUCUUGUAUCAGGGCAGCAUCCUCUGCUUGGGAAAGACGAAGACGAGAAAGAGACGUACAAAGGCACUGGCAAAGACAUAUAGUGAGUGGGGUUCUAGCUAAAUAAGAAAUGAGAUGCUAUGGCAUGUCAUUGUCAAUCUUGUGUUUCUGUUGAUUGUGUGGAUUAGUGUUGUGUUGUAUGUGUGGUACUGUAGUUUUUGAAGAACAGAUGCUCCUGUGUAGUGGUCAAAGUAAUGUAGUUCUUGAAGAACAGAUUUUCAUACUA